UUUUAAAUGCUGUAUUGCCAGUAGAUGGCGUUGUGUGCAUCAACUUUUGACAGCUGCAUGCAUAUGCACAGUUGGCAACCCACGCAAGAUGCAAUGACAUAUGUGACUUGAGUUUAGUAACAUAAAUAUCGGCAUUUUCUUAAGCUUUUAUCGGCUUUCGUUAGUUAUUGUAAUUCAAUUUGAUUUAAUACAUUGUUUUGAAACGAUAUAUUAGCCGUGUUUUAUUGGUAAUUUUAUGUUCACGGCUAUUGUGAAAAUUGCAAGCGAAAAGUGAUUUCAUAGAGGUGGAAUAAUUUGAAAAUCAAUUCGAGUUCGCUGUUCAUUUCAUUCUGAUUGAUCAUAUUGGUGUGGAAUUCUAUUUUCAAACGUGUAAUUCAGAAUGCCACGAGCCAAAAGAUCUAAUCUUUCGCAUCGAACGCGAAAUGCAAAUAGAGUUCGGAAUAUUGCCUAUCAAUUGACGACAGAUGAACAAGAAAUCGCACGAGAACAGCGCCGUGUUAGUAUGGCCCGACUUCGUGCAUCACAAACACAAGAAGAAAGACAGGCGGAAAAUGAAACGGCUAAGUUAACAAUGAGAAAUCGUCGGGCAAAUGAAACAACUCAACAACGUGAUAAUCUAAAUCAACGCAUAAGAAGAAGUGCUUCAAGUGUUGAUUUGGAUCGAGUAGCGUUUCAUUACGAUUGCAGAAUUGAUUACAGCUCGCAUCCUUCCGUUAAAAUUCACCCAAUGGAGGUUGUGUGCAACCAUUGCGGUGCAUUGAAGUUCGCUGGAGAAACACCUGGACUGUGCUGUCUCAGUGGCAAGGUUAAAUUACCACCAUUGCCCUUGCCAACAGAGCCAUUGCGUUCUUUGCUUACUGGUGAAACACCAGAAUCACGUCAUUUUCUAUCGAACGCUCAGAAAUACAACGGAUGCUUUCAAAUGACUUCAUUUGGAGCAGAUAUUAUUCAUGAACGCGGAUUCAAUCCGACAUUCAAGAUCCAAGGCCAAAUUCACCAUCGAAUUGGAUCAUUGCUACCACUUGAAGACGCACAACAUAAAUUCCUUCAAAUUUACUUCAUGGGCAACGUGGAACAUCAACUUGAUCAGCGCCAAACAAUCAAUACGGAAAUGAGAAGAGGAAUUCUUCGCGAUUUGCAGCAGCUGCUUCAUGAACAUCAUGCAUUGGUUCGGUUAUUCAAAACUGCGUUGGAUCGCAUGCCAAAUGAUGACUAUAAAGUCGUGAUCAGAGCGGAUAAACGACCUGCUGGAACGCACGAACGCCAAUUUAACGCUCCAACAAUAGAUGAGGUUGCAGUUGUGAUUGUUGGCGAAAGCCGGGAAUCACGCGAUAUUGUGCUCACACGUCGGGACUGUGGGCAAUUGCAACGAAUAUCCGAAACUCAUCGUUCAUACGAUGCAUUGCAAUACCCACUGAUGUUUUGGCAAGGAGACGAUGGAUAUUAUAUCAACAUCAAUAUGAUAAAUCCAUCGACCGGUGAGGAAACUACCAGGAAGGUCACCGGAAUGAAUUUUUACGCAUAUCGUUUGAUGAUUCGCCAAAAUGUUGACAACUAUUUGCUUCGAUUUCGCCGAUUAUUUCAGCAAUUUUGCGUCGAUAUGUAUGCCAAAAUAGAAGCGGAGCGCCUCCUUUUUAUCACUUUAAAUCAAACCAAACUACGUACGGAGCAGUACAUUCAUUUACGCGAUGCAAUUAGCACCGAAGGAAAUGCAUCUGAUUUUGGUCGGUUGACUACUUUACCGGCGACGUUCGUUCGCAGUCCACGUCAUAUGCAUGAAUAUACGCAAGAUGCAAUGACAUAUGUACGUCAUUACGGCCGUCCAGACCUGUUCAUCACCUUCGCGUGCAAUCCUAAGUGGAUAGAAAUUGUUCAACUGCUGCUUCCUGGCCAAACAUCAAGUGAUCGGCACGAUAUCACCGCACGUGUAUUCAGGCAAAAAAUCCGGUCGCUCAUGCACUAUAUUGUUGGGCAUCGUGUCUUUGGGGAUACUCGAUGUUGGAUGUAUUCCAUUGAAUGGCAAAAAAGAGGCUUACCGCAUGCGCACAUUCUCAUUUGGUUAGUCGAAAGAAUACAGCCAGACCAAAUUGAUGACAUCAUAUUUGCCGAGAUUCCUGAUCCCGAAACCGAUCCAGACCUGCAUGAUGUCGUAAUUACAAACAUGAUUAAUGGACCGUGUGGCGCCAUUAACCCACAAUCACCGUGCAUGGUCGACGGCAAGUGUUCCAAGCGUUAUCCACAAAAUUCGACUGUUGAUACCAUCACUGGCAAAGAUGGUUAUCCACUGUAUCGACGUCGAUCUUCUGAUGAUGGCGGUAGAACAAUCACAGUCAAAGUGAAAGGAAAUGAUUUCGUGGUCGACAACUCUUGGGUUGUUCCGUAUUCGCCACUUCUUUCCAAAACAUUCAGGGCGCAUUGUAACGUGGAGUAUUGCAAUUCAGUGAAGUCCAUCAAGUACAUCUGCAAAUAUGUCACGAAGGGCAGUGACAUGGCGGCUUUUGGUCUUCAAGCUCCUGACCCCAAUGAUGAAAUCACGCGCUAUCAAAAUGGUCGAUACGUAUGCUGCAAUGAGGCGAUUUGGCGUAUAUUCUCAUUUCCCAUUCAUGAACGCUAUCCGAGUGUUACACAUUUGGCAGUGCAUCUGGAGAACGGUCAACGAGUUUAUUUCACCCCAGCAAAUGCCGCUCAACGUGCUCAAAACCCACCAGCGACAACAUUGACCAGUUUCUUCUCGAUUUGCCAAAGUGAUCCGUUUGCACGUGCGUUACUUUACUCAGAGAUGCCGCGUUAUUACACUUGGAAUGCUUCAUCGAAGAAAUUUCAACGUCGAAAGCAAGGUAAUGUAGUUCCUGGUCAUCCGGAUGUGCGUUCUACUGAAGCUCUUGGCCGUAUUUAUACAGUUCAUCCGAAAAAUGAUGAAUGCUUUUACUUACGACCAUUGCUGGUGAAUGUUCGUGGCCCGACAUCAUUUGAAUCACUUCGAACUGUCAAUGGUGUAGUGCUGCCAACAUUUCGUGUCGCAUGUCAGGAGCUCAAUUUGCAUUCAGAAAAUCCCCAUCUUGAUAUGAAUGAAGAGAUGCACAAUCAGGCUUUGUUUUUGAUAGAAGACAUGUGUUACCUCAUGUGCGGCAGUUUGUUAGCCAGGUUAGGAAUGACGUCGCCUGAUCGUGGAGUAAACGACGCUUUCGAACGAGAAUUGCAGCGUGAACGUGAAUACGACACAAAUGCAUUAAGCCAAUUGGUUCGAACGAAUAUACCAUUGUUGAAUCCUCAACAAAAAGAACUGUACGAUACGGUGAUGAAGGCAAUUGAUGAUGGAAAUAUCGGCAUGAUUUUCCUUGAUGCGCCUGGUGGAACUGGAAAGACAUUCCUCAUAUCAUUGAUUUUGGCUGCAGUUCGUGCAAGAUCAGAAAUUGCUGUAGCAGUUGCUUCUUCUGGAAUAGCGGCAACGAUGUUGGAAGGUUGCCGAACCGCUCAUUCUGCAUUAAAAUUGCCAUUAAACCUGCAAGCGGUUGAAGAACCGACAUGUAACAUAGCGAAACAUUCAGCAAUGGCCAAAGUUUUAAUAGCAAGCAAAAUCAUUAUCUGGGACGAAUGCACAAUGUCGCAUAAACGCGCGUUAGAAGCUCUGAAUCGCACUAUGAAAGAUCUGCGUAAUGACGCAAGACAUUUUGGGGGUGCAUUGAUUUUACUCUCAGGCGAUUUCCGGCAAACACUACCAGUAAUACCACGAUCGACCGCUGCCGAUGAGAUCAAUGCUUGCCUCAAAUCAUCACCAGCUCACGACAAACAUGCGAGUUGCAUUGCUAAACGAUCCAUCUGCCGAACUGUUCUCCAAUCAACUGCUAACUAUCGGUAAUGGUCAUGUUCCUGUCGACGCAUCGAAUGGAUUCAUUUCGUUCCCGCCAAAUUUUUGCAAUUUCGUCUCAACGAAAGAGGAGCUCAUCAACAAAGUGUUUCCGAACAUCAUUGCUAACCACAAAAACUACGAUUGGUUGGAUCACCUAAGCUUCAAAAUUCAAAAUCAAAUCGUUGGGACACUGCAUUCCUUCAAAUCUAUCGACUGUGUAACAAACGAAGACGAAGCAACCAACUACCCAACUGAGUUCUUGAAUUCAUUGGAUGUGCCUGGCUUGCCACCGCACAAUUUACAAUUGAAGGUUGGUUCAGUCGUCAUCAUGCUCCGCAA